UGUAGGCGGGACGGAGCAGGGGCCUGGCCAGCGGGGUUCGUGGCGGGGAGAUUCCCUGGGAGCCAACAUGGUUUGGCAUCUUGAGAUCCCAUGGCUGCCCUUCCUGGACUCUGGGGCUCUUUUGCCCAUGUCAGCAGAACAUUUGACCAGCGCUGCUUCAGCACCUCUGAGAGCCUCUGUGCAAUCCAGAAAAUGACUUGGUUGCAUAUAGUGGACAAUAGUGCCCUGGGUAACACCCCGUACCAUCGACCUCUUCAAUGCAUCCAUGUCUAUAACAAGAGUGGGGUGAGCAAGGUAGGCGACCAGAUUCUGCUGGCCAUCAGGGGAGAGAAGAAGAAAGCACUCAUUGUGGGACUUCAUAUGUCUGGCUCCCGAAUGACCCCAAGGUUUGACUCCAGCAACAUGGUUCUCAUUGAGAUCAAUGGGAACCCUGUGGAGACUCGUAUUAAAACACCUAUCCCAACCAGCCUUCGCAAGAGGGACAGCAAGUAUUCCAAAGUGUUGGCCAUAGCUCAGAACUUUGUGUGAGCGGCGUGCCUCUGCACCAUGCAUCCAUUCCUUUCACGCUGGUGAUAGUG